AUGAUAGAAUUUGAUAUCGUGGAGAGACUAGGAACCCAAAAAAGUGAAAAACUGAACAUGGCGUCUUCUUCAUCAUCGUCUUCUUCGAUUCCUUCUCUGUUCACCACCAUCCUCGUACUGUUUCUGAUUGUAUCAACCGCUGAAUCGGUGAAAUCGCCGUUUCAUCCUCGCGAUUUGCUUCCGCAUUUGCCGAGACAAGUCUCGUGGCCGAUUCUAAACUCUCUCUAUGGAGCCGCUGAUCUGCUUCCUACUUUCAUCGGAACAGCGAGUUCAGAGAACGAUUCCGUUCAGUGGAAAGGUGCUUGUUUCUAUGAGAACACUGCUAUGUUGGAGUUCCAUAACAAGUCUGGUAGCGAGUUUGGUGGAGGCACGCUUCACAUAAAGGCGGAUAAGGCGCAUAGUUGGACUUGUAUGGAUCUUUAUGUAUUUGCAACUCCGUAUCGUGUGACAUGGACUUGGUACUUCAUCUCGAGACACCAUACUGUGGAAUUUCCGGAGUGGGAUGGCAAAGCUGAGUAUGAAUAUGUUAAGAACAAAGGGGUAUCAAUAUUCCUUAUGCAUGCAGGGAUGUUAGGAACACUUCAAGCACUGUGGGAUGUUUUUCCUCUUUUUACCAAUACUGGGUGGGGGGAAAGCUCUAACCUUGCGUUUCUCGAGAAACAUAUGGGAGCGAAUUUUGUACCUCGCCCUGAACCAUGGGUUACAAAUGUUACAACUGAUCAGAUCCAAUCUGGUGAUCUCCUGGCUAUUUCAAAGAUCCGUGGGAGGUGGGGUGGUUUUGAGACCCUUGAGAAAUGGGUGAGUGGGGCAUAUGCUGGUCAUUCCGCUGUUUGCUUGAGAGACUCUGAAGGGAAACUUUGGAUUGGUGAGUCAGGAAAUGAAAACGAAAAGGGAGAAGAUGUAAUAGCGAUAUUACCAUGGGAGCAAUGGUGGGAAUUUGAACAAACAAAGGAUGACUCGAAUCCUCAGAUCGCAUUGCUACCUUUGCAUCCCGAUGUUCGUGCUAAAUUUGACGUUGCUGCAGCGUGGAAAUAUGCUCGCAGCAUGGAGGGUAAACCAUAUGGUUAUCACAACUUGAUAUUUAGCUGGAUUGAUACUAUUAGUGAAAACUACCCGCCUCCUCUUGAUGCUCAUCUGGUUGCAUCUUUCAUGACUGUUUGGAGCAAAAUGCAGCCUGAGUAUGCUGCUAACAUGUGGAAUGAAGCCUUGAACAAACGACUAGGAACAAAGGGUCUUGAUCUUUCUGAUGUGCUGGUCGAAGUAGAGAAGCGCGGAUCCUCAUUUGAUAAAUUACUGACAAUUCCCGAACAAGAUGAUUGGAUAUACAGCGAUGGUCCAUCAACCUCUUGCAUCGCCUUCAUCCUCGAAAUGUACAAAGAAGCUGGUCUGUUUGGUCCACUUGCUAGCUCUAUUCAAGUCACGGAAUUCACGAUCAAAGAUGCUUACAUGCUUAACUUUUUCGAGAACAAUGCAAGUCGUCUUCCUACAUGGUGCAAUGACAAUGACAAUGUGAAGCUUCCUUACUGCCAGAUACUUGGGAAAUACAGAAUGGAACUUCCUGGUUACAACACCAUGGAACCAUACUCGCACAUGAACGAACAAUGUCCAACUCUGCCUCCUAAGUACAACAGACCAGAUAACUGCUAGAAUUCAACUCUUAUCUUCUUCAGAUGUCUGUUUGAUUUUAGGAAAAAGUUAAUGUAAUACCGUUGAAACUCGACAAUUACUUUAUCUGUUUGUAUAUAUCAUUCAGGUGUAUAGCAUCUGUUCAUCAAGUAACUGUUUGGAUAUAAUCCAGUGAUACACACAAAUAGUGAAAUAGAAAUUAAAAUUUUAUCUUUUGAAAGCUUCAA